AAUCGCUUUCAACACGGAUCCUCGACAUAAGAUGGAAGAUGUGGACGUGAUUUGAAAAUGUUUUUCCGGUUUCGUACAUUUUGUUUGUUUCCAGACAAACCAAGGAAGCAUUGAACGCAGCCUUUGAACUAAUGGGACAACAGUAUAGUUUUGUGGUUAAGGUAUUACACGAUCAUGCUCUCGUUCUCAAAGAUUUAGCUGUUCUCAAUCAGGAGGGACUUGCAAGUGCAGUAGAACACCUCAACAAAACGCUGAAAACCUUUGCGGAGGGCGGAGACCAUUAUAUCGUAUUUGCGAUAAAGGAACCCUCGGAUGAGAGUUAUCCAUACCUUUGGAAAGCAACUACAAGAAUCAUUUGCUACAAGGUUAGAACAUAUGGUGGAAAUGUUGAGAGUGAACGGGUUAUGGACGUCAGACAGUUUUGCAAAUUAUAUCGCAACAUCACCAGGCAACUGAGGCACACUCGUAGUGUAACAGAUGAGGACUGGGAGAAAGUAGAUUGUGAAGGCGAGGUACAUGUUGGUUAUUUUAUUUUAUGA